UUUAGAAAGAUUUCUAAUUUGAUUUUCUUAAACAAGUUCAGUUGUGUAGUGGACAAAACUAUUUUCACUUGACAGUCUGUCACCACUUCUGUCUGGUUGGUAAGAGAGCUCUGGUUCAGUAAUGUGGGUGGUGCUGAAUGUGACAUUCAUGUGUUAUAUUCUUUUGCUGAGGACUUUUUGCUUUGAUCAUGUCAAGGUGUGAAGUUUGUUCAUUCUUAUAUUAUAACAAUUUUUUUUAAAUGAAACCAGUACAAGAGGAACUUGCAUAUUCGGGCAGAGUACUGUAAAACUAACAUGGGCGCUUUGUUUGGAAAAACUGUUUUUGCUGAACUCAGGAGUCGUAUCAUGCAUCUCUUGGCUAUUGAGAAUGCACCUGCAUAUUAACGUUGGAAAACAUUUUCUAAUUGUGUUUCAGGUGUGUUUGCUCCUGAUGCAGAUGAAGAGAAGACCAUCACAGUGAUGGAGGGAGAUUCUGUCACUCUACGCACCAAUCUAACUCAAAUACAAAAAGAUGAUCAGAUACUGUGGAUGCUAAAAAUGAACAACAAGAACAUUUGUGUAGCUGAAGUAUAUAUGCGUUACAAUAAAAGCCGUAUAUACGACGAUAUUGAUAAUGGAAGGUUCAGAGGCAGACUGAAGAUGGACAAUCAGACAGGAUCUCUCACCAUCACACACAUGAGAAUCACAGACUCUGGACUUUAUCAACUAAACAUCAUCAACAGCGGUGGAACCUUAUACGCAAGAUUCCGUGUAAUUGUCUCUCGUCUGCCUGUUCCUGUCAUCGGCAGAAACGCCUCACAAAAUGCAUCAUCAGAGAGCUCAGAAAGUGGGCCUGUCAGGAUUGGUAUAACCACUAUUGCAGUGAUCAUCAUUGUAGUAGCAGCGGUGGUCUUCAUUCUCGCAGCAUUCGCUGUCAUUACCUUUAAGUGCGAUAACCAAGCAAGACAGGAGGUUGAGGAAACAGAGAUGAAACCUAUGAACAACAAUAAUAAGGCACAUGAUGGCGAUGGGGUUUCUGCGCCUUCAAACGGAGUUUCACAUGAGUGCAGUGUUCCUGUAGCUGGUAGAGCGAUGCGCUAGCAACCUUAAGGUCCAGAAAACAUGCAUGUUGAUAAAUGACAUGUUUAGGCUAAAUACACUUUAAGCCUAUACACCAGUGCCCUCCAUAAUGUCUGGGAUUAAGAUUUUGUUUUAGCUAUAUAUGAUGUCCCUGGAUCAGACACCCACCAGACAGAAGUGGACCAGUUGGAUCACAGCUUUAGUGAAACUGAAACACCAGACGGAUCUGAGGACUUAAAAAAGUGUUAUAACUGGUGUUUUAUGACAUAGAUUAAAACGAGAAAUUAUUUGGGGGUUUUGUUAAGCACAGAGCUUAUUAGAGGCGAUUUACAAAAAAACCCAUAGACUUUGGAGCGAUGGAACCCGGAAGUCCGGGUUCCAAAUGGUUUGCAUACAAAAAUGUGUCAAUUUUAUGAACUUUUGUAAUUUUUUUAUUAUAUUUUAUAAAAUGUUUUUUUUUUGUUGUUAAUGUAUUUUAAAAAUGGACUUGACACGUGUGCUUUAAGUUGUAAGAGUCCCCCUCCAUUCAUGAAGGGCUCAAAUGUACUGUAACUACAGGAUGACUCGUAAUCAUAUACACUUGUUACAAAUGUUGUUAAAUUAUGAUAAUGUUGUUUACACUUUAAAAACGAUUGUUGCCUUAUAUGAAGUUAAAAAGAGAAGGGUGAAGUGUUUUCAAGAACCUUAAGUUGUUGGGGUCUCUGGCUAUUUACAGUAAGGUUUGUGUUAAAGUUGUGUAGUCUGUUGUAUGCAUUGGAGGCCUACACACGCUUGACCAGCACAGUUCUAUAGAUACUUACUGUAAGCACAACCUUUCUUUAUUAUGAGUUUUGAAGUCGAGGAAUAAUUUAAGGGAAGAGUUAAUCAAUACAAUUUUGUAUGUAAAAUUGUAGAAUUUACAUGUAUAUAGUUAAAUAUAUUACAGCAGUUGGCAGCAAAAAAAACCACAUACAUUUUGUUACUGUACCAACAACAUCCAUUUAUUUCACCCAUUCUCAAUUUAUUCAUUUAUGUUUAGUCAUUUCAUUUAGAUUUUUGUUUUUUUCUUAUGUUAAAGCUCUUUAAACAAAGUCAAGAUAACAUGAUGUUAAAGUCACACUUUCUAUGUGCAAUUUGUCCAGUAGGUGGCCUCAUUACUCUACAGUCUCGAUAUAAAAUGCACUUAAAGGAAUAGCUCACCCCAAAAGGAAAAUCCCUACUUUCUCCUGCAGAACACAAAAGAUGAUAUUUCGAAGAAUGUCGGUAUUUUGAAAACCCUACCCACUGAGUUCUACUGUAUGGACACAAACCCAUAACAAGUCAAUUUGAGUUUUCUGUAACCUGUUAAUCUUGACUUUCACUGUGUUGUGAGUUGACCAUGGUUCUGUCUGUCCAUAUGCUCAUAUGAUGCCUAUUUGACAAAAAGUAUUUAUUAGACAAAGUAAUAGAAAGCAGAAACAUGUUUAAUUGCUUAGAGAGCAAAACUGUCAUUCUCUGAAUCUCUCUGUGAUAAUGAGCUAACAGGAAGUAGAUGAAAAGGAAGUCUAUAUUAUCAUGAAUGUGUGUGAUGUUUAUUCAUUGACCUGUGACGGAUCUCUCGUGUGAAGUCUGUAGAUGACCUCUGUGUAUUCUGACACGUUCUUCUCAUCUCUCAGCGUUUCAUCUGAAAGCACAUGUGUGUUACAAUUGUU